AUGAACUUCCGCUUUACUCACGCCGGGAAUAACAACAGUGACUUGUGAAAGCGUUUCAUGGUUAUUUAUUGAAAACUGUCGGGAUGAAGAUGAAUAUUACUUCAGCAGGUGGAGUUCUGUCUCUGCUUGAUGAACAGGAACCGCAACUCAAGGUGUUUGCCUUGGAUAAACUAAACAAGAUUGUUGACGUCUUCUGGGCCGAGAUAUCUGAAUCUGUUGACAAAAUAGAGGUUCUCUAUGAAGAUGCCACCUUCAAGAAUCGAGAAAUGGCUGCACUUGUUGCAUCAAAGGUGUAUUACCAUCUUGGAGCAUUUGAAGAAUCCUUGACCUAUGCCUUGGGUGCAGGGGAUCUGUUCAAUGUCAAUGACACAUCAGAGUUUGUGGAAACAACAAUAGCCAAGUGUAUUGACCAUUACACGAAGCAGUGUGUAGAGAAUGCUGAAUGUUCGGAGGAGGACAGGAAACCUAUCGACCCCAGACUGGAGGCUGUGGUCAACAGGAUGUUCCAGAGAUGUUUUGAUGACAAGCAGUUCAAACAGGCUCUUGGUAUUUCUUUGGAGACAAGAAGAAUUGACAUAUUUGAACAGUCAAUUUUGAAGUCUGAUGACAUCCCAUUCAUGCUGUCAUACGCAUUCAAAGUGUGCAUGGCCCUCAUCCAGAACAGACAGUUCCGCUGCACCAUCCUGAAGGUCCUUACUAAACUAUACAUGAGUUUGGAGACAGCGGACUACAUUAACGUUUGUCAGUGCUACAUCUUCCUGGAUGAUCCACAGUCGGUAGCAGACAUUUUGGAGAAACUUAUUAAAGGAGAUGAGGACUCAGUGUUGAUGUCAUACCAGAUAGCAUUUGACUUGUACGAGAGUGCAACCCAGCAGUUCCUGCAGCAGAUCCAAUCUGCACUUCGCGCUGCCGCACCCAUCCCCAUCGUCACUCCUGAUGCCUCCAAGAAGAAGGAGGAGACCAGCAAGGAAACAAAGGAGGAGCCAAAAGAAGGAGAUUCCAUGGAAACUGAAGAAGCAGCAAAGCCAGCACCACCGGUUCCAGAUAUCAGCAGCCUGAGUGAGAGUGACAAGCUCCUGCAGGACAAGCUGACGAAGAUCCACACCAUCCUGGGAGGAGAGACCACCAUCUACCUCCACCUCCAGUUCCUCAUCAAAAACAACAAGUCUGACCUUCUCAUACUCAAAAACACAAAGGAUGCAGUUAGAAACUCUGUGUGUCAUUCUGCCACUGUGAUUGCAAACUCUUUCAUGCACUGCGGCACAACAUCUGAUCAGUUUCUCAGAGAUAACCUUGACUGGCUUUCUCGAGCCACUAACUGGGCCAAAUUUACAGCAACAGCUAGUUUGGGUGUCAUUCACAAGGGACAUGAGAAAGAAGCUCUGCAACUGAUGUCCUCCUACUUACCCAAAGACACCAGUCCCGGCUCGUCCUACUCAGAAGGGGGAGGGCUCUUUGCUUUAGGUCUCAUACACGCCAACCAUGGAGGGGAAAUAACAGACUACCUUCUCAACCAGUUGAAAGAUGCUUCUACAGAUAUGGUCCGUCAUGGAGGGUGUUUAGGAGUGGGUCUUGCAGCCAUGGGGACAGCCAGACAAGACAUAUAUGAACAGCUGAAGUUCAAUUUGUACCAGGAUGACGCUGUCACAGGAGAAGCAGCUGGCUUGGCUAUGGGGCUGGUGAUGCUGGGAACUAAGUCGGCCACAGCCAUCGAGGAUAUGGUCGCUUAUGCCCAGGAAACUCAGCAUGAAAAGAUCCUGCGAGGUCUGGCUGUAGGAAUCUCCCUGACCAUGUAUGGCCGCCUGGAGGAGGCGGACGCCCUGAUCGAGAGUCUCACUCGGGACAAGGACCCCAUUCUGCGGUGGUCAGGGAUGAACACUAUUGCCAUGGCGUACUGUGGAUCGGGAAACAACCAGGCCAUCAGGAAACUUCUACAUGUGGCUGUCAGUGAUGUCAACGACGAUGUCCGGAGAGUUGCUGUGACUGCCCUUGGAUUCCUCCUGUUCAGAACCCCCGAACAGUGUCCAAGUGUCGUGUCCCUGCUGUCCGAGAGCUACAACCCUCAUGUCCGAUUCGGCGCCGCCAUGGCUCUUGGCAUUGCCUGUGCUGGCACUGGGUUGAAGGAAGCGAUGACACUACUGGAACCCAUGGUCCAAGAUCCAAUCAACUAUGUCCGGCAGGGAGCACUCAUUGCCUCUGCUCUCAUCCUGGUCCAGCAGAAUGAAGUCACAUGCCCCAAGGUGACCCACUUCCGGCAGCUGUAUGCCAAAGUCAUCAGUGACAAGCAUGAAGAUGUUAUGGCAAAGUUUGGUGCCAUCUUGGCUCAAGGAAUAAUUGAUGCAGGAGGCCGCAAUGCCACUGUGUCUCUACAGUCCCGUACAGGACACACCAACAUGGAGGCCGUGGUUGGUCUGCUGGUGUUCUGCCAGUACUGGUUCUGGUAUCCUCUCACUCACUUCCUGUCACUCUCCUUCACACCAAACUGUGUGGUCGGACUCAACUCAGACCUCAAGAUGCCGAAGAUUGAGUUCAAAUCUAAUGCCAAGCCAUCGACUUUUGCCUACCCUCCUCCCCUAGAGGAGAAGAGCACCAAGACCAAGGAGAAGGUGGAGACUGCAGUUCUCAGCAUCACAGCCAAGCAGAAGAAGAAGGAUGCAGAGAAACAGAAGGAUGAAAAGAUGGAAGUCGAUGAAGAAAAGAAAGAUGAAGGCAAGGAGAAAGAUGUGGAAAUGAAGGAAGAGAAGCCAGAAGCAAAGAAGAAGGAAUCUGACAAGAAAGAUGAUAAGAAGGAAGAGAAGAAGGAAGAAGAAAAAGAAAAAGAGGAAAAGGAGAAGAAGGAGAAGGAACCUGAGCCUACAUUUGAGAUGAUGGCCAAUCCUGCCCGUGUCAUGAAGUCCCAGCUGAAGGUGCUGUCAAUGGGAGAGGAAGUCCGUUACACACCAGUGAAAGAUCUGACAAUCGGAGGCAUCGUUAUGAUGAAGAAUACCAAACCCGGAGAAGAUGAAGAGAUUGUGGAAACAGUAGCAGCUGGAGGACCUAAGAUUGAGGAGGAGGAAGAGCCAGAACCCCCAGAGCCCUUUGAGUGGACAGAGGACUAGAGUCCCUCUACUGCCCAGCAGUUGCACAGAACAGAUAAUCCAGGUGUCAUCUGAGUCUGUAUGCAGAGCUUCAACUUAUCUGCUUCUGUCCUUAACUGAACAGUCCAUGUUACCAUGUAUUUUGUGAAACUGUACGUGUUAUUCUGCUAUGACAGAUUGUCUCCAGAGCAAUCAGAAUUCUAAAAUCAUUAGGAUAAUGAAGAAAUGGACUGACUCAAACCUGGCUGUUUAACAUUUCAACAUUUUCUGCAUAUCGUGAGUUUAACAAGAAUAUAUGAAACUUCCAAGAAACCAGUGUGAAAGAAAAGAUGUUUCAACAAAAUUCAAAUGAUUUCCAAGUACAUUGUAUUCCAUUUUGUAUGUUCAUGUCAUUUUAAUUUUAUUUAACUAAAAGCUUUUGUGGUAUUUUAUUGAAACUGUUGUGUCUGCAUCAGUGAACUGUAUGUCAAUGUUAAAACUAGGAAUAAAACUGACUACACCCUC